UAUCACAAUCCAAAUCAGCCCUUUUGUACGCCUUUUUCUCCAGCCUUUCCUUGUCUUUUCUUACCACAAAUGUCACUUUCCCAAACCAACCUCCGAUUACAUACCCAAAACAAAUUGCUUUCAAGUUUCUCUUCAUUUUGCAAAACUUCAAGAAUAUCCAAACAGAUGAAUAAAAACUAGUGGUAAUUGUUUCAAAAGAAAUUCUUGGCAAAAAAAAAAAAGGAAUUAUUAAAUAUGCGUUGCGGUUAUGGAUUGGCGGCGAUCCCGGGAAGCGACGUUCGCUUCUUUACACCGGACACUUCCUUCCUCCGCUUUCGAAGAACGGCCAACCCGGUCCGGAUACAAUUUGGGUCGUUCAAAAUCAAUGCGAAAAUCGAUGAAGCGAGGAAGGGGACGAGUUUCUAUGAGUUGCUGGGAAUACCCGAGUCGGGUACUUUACUGGAGAUAAAGCAGGCGUAUAAACAGCUGGCUAGGAAGUACCACCCCGACGUGUCGCCCCCGGAUCGGGUGGAGGAGUACACGGAGCGGUUUAUACGGGUCCAGGAGGCUUAUGAGACUUUGUCGGAUCCGAGGAGUAGAGCGUUGUAUGAUAAGGACUUGGCUUUGGGGAUUCAUUUUGCUUUCUCUGCUAGACGACGUUGCCAAUACGAUGAGGAACUAGAACAACGGAGUGAGUGGAGAAAUCGUUUGCAAUCUCAGCUAUCAGAGCUGAAGAGAAGAAGCAUGACCAGGGAUGCCAGAGGAAACAUGUCAUGGGGAGCUCGAAUGCGCAGACAAAGGGGUGAAUUGUCUAAAGAAUAAUAAACAACUUUCCUUCUCCACUCAAACAAAUAUGAAUGGUCUUUUGCUUAUGUUUUUGGUUUUAUCUCUUGUAUAUAUGUAUCAUUCUACCCUUCCAUAGAUGGCAAUUGGGUUAGCAUUGCUCAAAAGAAAUUUUUUUCAAUGUUAAUUCUAAAAUCAAAUGCCUCUACUAUCUUUCAUCACUCAAUAUGUACAUAAAUUUGUUAGAAUUUGACUUGCUCAAGUUAAUUUUGCUUUGUUUUCAUGAAUUCUGGUCUUGGAGCUUCUUUAUAAUUUUUAUCUUAUGUUGUGAUGUUAGGUAUGUAGCAAGGCAUUAUCAAUUUUGUUUCUAAUCUUCUGAUUGUUUUUAAUUAUUUUUUUUCACAUGUUAUUGAUUUAUUUAUUUUAGUUUUCUAUUCUGGUUUUAGAUAGUGAGGCAUAAAAACUCCUUUUUCUAAACUCUUUUCAUCACCAAUAUUGCAAUAUUACAACCAUAU